AUGGCCUACAGAACUGACUUUGAGGCCUGGGACACCCCAGUGCUCGGACAAUGCAUCACAUCCGGCGGCAGCUGCAAGUACCACAGCACCCAGAUGGGUGAGGUCGACGGCUUCCCCUACAGUGACUACGAGGUCCCCGAGUGUGUCGUCACCUACAUCAACCCACUUGAGAACUGGUUCUCCUGUGUGAUGUCGUUCACCUACCAAUUCCCCGCCAAGACCGCCACCUAUAAGAUCACCCUCACCGGCCAGAACCGUCUGUCGUCCCUCAACAACAACGCCGACGAGCCAUUCGAGGUGUCCACCCAGGUGUACAUCAACGCCAACAAUCCCAUCUCCUCGCCCGUCUCCAACUCGUUGCCAAUCAUCAACGUUUGCUACAACCAGGACAACCCCGUCCAGUUCUUGGCCUCCUCGCCAGCCGGCUUGCCCCUGACCUACUCGCUGUCGCCAGACGCCGAUCUCGGUAACCCCGGUGGCUGGUUCGAUGACGGAACCUCCCAGCCAAGCGGCCUCACAAUCACCUCUGGUGGUCUCAUCAACUUCAAGCCAACCUACAAGGGACUUUACUCGGCUCAGGUCCGUGUCAGCGAUGGCAACGGAUGGAUCGCCGUUGACUUCUUGCUCAACUCAAUCGUGUGCCAGGCUAACGUCAACCCAGUCGUCAUCAGACCAAACAAGAACAACAACACCUUCACCUGUAGCCCAGGCGUCGAGUGUGUCUGGCAGUAUGAGGCCAUGUCGCCAAUCUCUUCCAGAACCGUCACCAUGCAAGAGUCAGGUGGUCUCCCACUCGGUGUUAUCUACAAGUCUGGCAACGUCGCCGCCAACCCAUUCCUUGCCACCAAGAGCUGGAAGCCAACCGUCAGUCAGAUCGGUACCUACGUCGUUGCCGUCAAGGCCACCGACAACCAAGGUGUCCAAUCCGUAGGUCAAGAGACUUACAUCCUCCAAGUUCGUCGCCCCGAUUGUGUCCAUGGACAUAAGGACCCAUCCAAGCCAAACUGUGACCCAAGCAGUGAUGCCACCUGUUGCAUUUGUGAUGAUGGUUGGUCAGGACCCCAGUGCACUGAGUGUGACACCACCACUCACCACGGACCAAACUGCAUCAAGAACGACCCAUGUUUCAACGGAACCUCCAACUCUGGACCCACCGGAGACGGAACCUGCAACUGUUUCCUCGGCUACACCGGCCCAGCUUGCAACAUCUCCAUCGUCCAGUACUGUAACCCAGGCAAACAAAACGGAGUCACCUUCAGAAACGCCACCAUUGGAUACCUCAACCCAUCCCUCGCCUCUGUCUACCUCGCCAACACCUCGCCAUUCACCAUCCCAUUCAAGGCCUUCGUGCCAUCGCCCAUGCCCUCGCUCAACGUCUACGUCAUCCUCGAUGUUGCCCCACUCAACUCGUACAUUGGAGACGACCUGACCCAGAUCACCAACCUGGUCAGCAUGAUCCAGACCUACACUGAGAACGCCAAGCUUGGUCUUGGUUUCUUCUCUGACGCUCUCCAGACCGGUGUUGGCUACAACUUCCAGUCGCAGUGCAUCAUUGGUUGUGAUAUCCCCGCCACCAUCAACGGCAAGGUCAAGUACACUGUGAGCACCGCCUCGCGUGGCAACAGUUUGGCCUCAUUGACUGAAGCCGUCGCUUUCCCAUUGGGUUGGGUCAGCGGUGAGUACCGUUCAGUCAUCAUUGUCACCGACUCUGAUAUCAACGCCACCUCCACCGACAUCUCUGCCCUCGGCGACAAGCUGCGUGCCAACUUCAUCAACCCAACCAUCGUUGGUUUGAGAAACGUCAACCUCAAGAACUGGAAGGCCGCCAUCCAGACCAUCGGUUUCGGUACCGUCAACGUCUCCCAGGCUGCCGGUGCUGACUGGACUUCCGUCGCCUUCAACUCCAUGAAGACCGGCUUCACCCAGUACGCCCCAUCCAUCCUCGCUGGCACUGACAAGUUCAACUUUGCCACCGCCCCAUCUACUUUCACCUCCACCAACACCGAGGUCAACUUGCCACUCAUCGUCACCCGUCCAGCCGUCGUCCCAUCGGCCCCAUCCAACGCCAUCACCCUCACCGUUCCAGGUUACGGUCAGUCUAUCGCCACCGUCAACUACAACCAUCCACCAGUUGCCAAUGAUGUCACCCUGGCCACCAACAAGGACACCGCCAUCACCUUCCAGAUCUCCGUCUCUGACGCUGAUCUCAACCAGCUUGAUGUUUCCUUCACCAACCUCCCAUCCGCCGGUCAAUUGACCGUCGUCGGUGGCAGCGCCGUCGUCGUCUCCACCCCAUACCUCUCGACCACCACCUUCAAGUACACUCCAGACCCCACCGUCAAGCUCGUCACCUUUGACUACACCGUCACUGACAGGUGUGACACUGACACUGGCAAGUACACCAUCAACAUCCAAGGUGCUGGUGUGCCCCCCGUUGCCCUCUACACCAACAACACCCUGUUCGAGAACUCCCAGAUCACCUUUGACUUCAAGUACACCAACACUGAGGGAAUGACCGGUCCAAUCCAGGUCGUCCUCGUCAAGCUCCCAACCAACGGAGACUUGCUCGACAGCACCGGAGCCAAGAUCACCUCGAUCGCCACCAACCUGCCAACCACCCUCACCUACCGCCCCAACAAGGACAUCUCCAACGAUGACACCUUUGGUGGCGCCGGUCCAGUUGACACCAUCCCAUUCUCCAUCUUCAACGCCGAGACCGGUCUCAUGUCGACCGCACCAAACAAGGCUGAGUUCUACGUCACCCCACGCAAGCCACCCGUCUACACUGGUGUCGCUGGUUUCCGUACCAACGAGAACCAGGCUCUGACCUUUGCCAUCACCUCAAAGAAGCCCGCCAACGCCCAGCGUGUCGUCUUGACCAUCACCUCGAUCACCCCAGGCAACUACCCCGAUGGAGGUAUCCUCAACAACACUGGCUGUCUGGGCAUGGCCUGCAACCUCAAGGUCGUCCCACCCUAUGAGGAGGAGUCUAAUGACGGAACCUUCUCGCUGACCUACCAGCCACCCGCCAACCAGUACGGAGACUUCCGUCUCUUUGCCAACUUCACCCUGAGCUCCGUCAUUGCCGGUCAGCGUGUGCCAUCCGAGUCGAUCAUGGUGUACUUCAACGUCACCCAGGUUCUCGAGGCUCCAAUCAUCGUGAUGCUGACCCAGCAGGAGUACGUCUACCCACGUACCGUCCCCGUCGACUACGUCGAGGCCAACCCAAUCACCAAGUUCGCCACUCCACUCAACCUGUUGAUGAACAACGUCAUCAUGUUCAACUUCACCACCAUGAGCUACGACGCACCCAACUCCACCAUCCAGGUCAUCUUCACCCAGCUGCCCAAGCGUGGUUCCAUUGGCAUCACCAACUUCAACACCGGCUCUCUCGCCAGCGACUUUGUCCAGAACAAGACCAAGCCCCACGGACCCAACUUCCCAGCCAUCGCCCCAGGCACUGCCACAUACAGCUGGUUCUACGAGCCAAACUCCAACCAGUCUGGUCUCGCCUUUGACAGUGUGUCCUUCUACGCCAUCGACGAGUACGGACUCAUGUCGGCCACCAACACCAUCGUGUUCAACGUCAACAAGAAGUUCAACCCACCCAUCAUCUUUGCUGACCGUCUCGAGUGGAUGACCCUGGUCAACCAGAACCUCGUUGUCACCAACGUGUCCUUCAUCGACCCAGAUGUCACCUACCAGAACGUCACCCUCACCGUCUCGCUCCUCGACAACAACGGAAACUUCUCCACCAGCGCCAACAUCUCGCUCCUCGGCAACACCGCCCCCUACUGCACCUACCCCAACGCCUCGUCGUCAAUCACCUGCGUCGGUACCAAGGAGCUGCUCAACAAGUUCUUGUCGCAGAUCACCUUGUUCCACAAGUCGACUGGCAACUUCACCCUGCACGUCUCCGUCCUGAACCACAUGUUCAUGAAGGUGCCAGGCAUCUCGCUGCUGGACAUCUCCGCCCAGAAGGAGCUGACCAUCUCUGUCAAGCAGGGCAGCAACGGUGGCUCCAACAACACCACCAUCCUGUCGAUUGCCAUCGCCGCCGCCAUCGUCGCCGCCGCCAUCAUCGCCCUUGGUGUCUGGAGAUUGGUCCGCGCCUUGGCUCCACCCACCAGCGCCUUCUUUGGUGACUCGCCAUUCGCCGACGGUGCCAUCACCUCCAACCCACUGUACACCGAGUCUGCCAACCAAGGUGUCAACCCACUCUACGAGAACCAUUAA